UCAUGACGCAAGAUCAGCUCGCACAAGCACACGUGCCCAGCAGCUCCUACACCACAGCUCGCAUCCCGCAGGAUGAGCGAAAUGGCUCCGGUCGCAAUCAAACGCGUUUUAAUCAGCGAAAGUGUGGAUCCGUGUUGUAAGAAGAUUUUGCAGGAAAAUGGGGUUGAAGUCACCGAAAGAACAAAUAUGAACAAAGAUGAGCUGAAAGCGCAGAUUAAGGAUUUUGAUGGUCUGGUUGUCCGAUCGGCUACCAAAGUGAGCGCUGACGUCAUCGAGUCCGCCGGAAGCCUGAAGCUGAUUGGACGUGCUGGAACUGGCGUGGACAACGUGGACGUGGAGGCGGCCACCAAGAAAGGCAUAAUUGUCAUGAACACUCCAAAUGGCAACACAAUCAGUGCUGCUGAGCUGACCUGUACCCUUGUGAUGAGUUUAUCAAGAAAUGUUCCACAAGCUGCCAUGUCAAUGAAGGCUGGAAACUGGGAUCGUAAAAAGUUCAUGGGUGCAGAGUUGUACGGCAAAACCCUGGGAAUAAUUGGUCUUGGAAGAAUCGGAAAAGAGGUGGCCACUCGAAUGCAGUCUUUUGGGAUGCGGACUAUUGGUUAUGACCCCAUUACUCCUCCAGAGGUGUCUAAGAGCUGGGGGGUGGAGCAGAUGUCUCUGGAGGAUCUCUGGCCCCAGUGUGAUUACAUCACCGUACAUACGCCCCUCAUGCCUUCCACUACAGGAUUACUGAAUGAUGCCUCAUUUGCUAAAUGUAAGAGAGGCGUGAAGGUGGUGAACUGUGCCCGCGGAGGCAUCAUUGAUGAAGCCGCUUUGCUUAGAGCUCUGGAGUCUGGUCAGUGUGGAGGAGCGGGUCUGGAUGUGUUUGUAGAGGAGCCUCCUAAGGACUUGGCCCUGGUCAACCACCCUAAUGUGAUCAGCUGCCCGCAUCUGGGAGCCAGCACGAAGGAGGCCCAGGCUCGCUGUGGCCAAGAAAUUGCAAUGCAGAUUGUGGACAUGGUCAAAGGCAAAGCAUUAGUGGGAGCGGUGAAUGCACAGGUACUGGCUAGCACCUUUACCCCUGAGUCACAGCAAUGGAUCAGGCUGGGUGAGGCCUUGGGCAAAUUGUUGAAGGCCUGCAACUCCACUAAACAGCCCUAUGACCAAGUCCACAUCACCACUCAAGGAGAGUGUUUGAAGAAAUCAAACGAGUUCCUGAGCUCAGCAGCUGUUGUUGGACUGAUGGCUGAAAGCUCUGAGAAUGGCCUUAACCUGGUGAACGCACUCACGCUAGUGGAAGAGACAGGAAUUACACAGAUUAAAAAAGAUCACAGCGAUGGGAAUAAAGCUGAAGCCACCUGCAUGUUGGAGGCCUCUGUGAAUGGCAGUGUUUAUAAAGCCUCAGGCACAGUGCAGACCACAGUACCAGUCCUUCUGGAGCUGAACGGCAGUGUGUUCAGGCAGCCAGUGCCUCUCUCUGGAAACCUGCUGUUUUUCAGGGCUGCAGCUUCACCUCAGCUCUUGCCUUCUGUUACUGGUGUGCUGGCAGCGGCGAGCAUUGAGAUCGAUCACUUCAGUGCCUCCAGUGCCUGUGGUGGUGAUCAGUGGUACUGCGUGGGGGUUCCAGCUCUACUGAAAGACCUCAGCACUCUCAUGCCCCUGGUGAAAGAGGUGGCACAACUUACUGUAUAAGUUGCUGCUAACUGGAUGUUCGUGGGAAUUUUCUGUAGCAUUCCAGUGUCAGUGUCUAAAGUAUUCAGAGUUUAUUCAGUCCUGGGGAUUCCCAACAUAAUUGAUCCAGCUCAUUACUGAAGAAAUACACCUACAUUUUGAAUCUAAUCCAUCCUUUGCAUCUGUAACAUUGUCAUUACAAUGGACAAGAACAUUUUGCUCAUAUUCCGAAGCUGGUUUUAGGCUUCCACUAUAAGUGAUCUGGGAAAUGUAUUGAAAUUAUCGGUUGUGGUAAUAUUCUGCUGAUUGCUGUAGAAGGAUAUUCGGUUGAAAGUAUGUUGGAGUAAUCAUUUAACCUUUUCAGAAAUUGGGGUGGGGGUAUUGGGAGCAAACUUUGAAAUCGUAGAGGGCAGUGAUUCCCUAGGACUGGAGGUGAGAAAUUUUUAUCUAACACUCAUAGCUUGUCUUUCGUGCACAGGUUCCCAACCCUGGUCCUGGAACACACCCAGUUCAACUCAAGAAGGGCUGGUAAUUAGCUGAUUAGUUGAAUCGGUUGUGUUGGGAGCAGGGAAAACACUAAAAUAUGCAGGACAGGGUGUACUUCAGGAGCAAGGGUUGGAACCUGUGUUAGUGCAAUAUAGAAUUACUGUAAUGAGCUUAAAACUCGGUUUAAGUAUGAGGCAGCAUGAAUUUGUCAAUGUAGUGCUUUUGUAAGCUACUUUUGAAUUUUCUAAACAACAUUAAAUAGAACUGCUACUAACAAGACUAGUGAUAUUUUUCUAGCAAAGCAGUUGGUAAAGGAAUGGAUGGAUAAUACUUAAUUGAUUCCUCAGACUCAGUCCUGGAGGACUGGAGUCAUGCGCAGUUUGAUUUCCCUCAUUUAAAGACAAAUUAUUCAUCUCAUUAGUUAAUUAACAGACGGUACUGUAGGUGUGUUGGAGUAGAAAAAUCAAUACCUUGCUUGACUCGCCUCUCUCCAGAACAGGCUUUGAGGAAGCCUAAGCUACAUUUUCACCUGAUAUUAAGAGGGUGUGUAAAUACCUGGUGUCUCGGGUUACUGUCUGUGUACAAUCUUGCAUUUUUCUUUGCCUCCAUAUAUAUAUAUUUUUUUUCUUCUGGGUUCUCUAGUUCUCUGCCUCCCGCAAUCAUGCCAGUAGGUGGAUUGGCUAAUCUAAAUUGCCCCUCGGUGUGAAUAAAUGUACAGGGUGCCAGGGUGUGUUCCCACCUUACACCUGGGAUAACCUCCAGAUCCACCAUGAUCCUGGCCAGUAUACAGCACUUACUGAGAAUAAAUGAAUGAAUGAAUAAUUCAACUCAACAGUUAAUAGAUUAAUGGAUUAGAAAAUCCUCACACUGCUCAACUCUAUUUCAUCUAACAUUAAGCUGGUUUUGUAAAAGGUUUAACUCGAAUGUAAAAAGGUUAAACACUAUAUAGUUGAACAACAAGCCCAUUUGUACUCAAGAAAUGUCUUGUGAAUGAUUAAAAGCAAUAUAUCAGUUGUGUGUUCAUGGUGGUUAUUU